AGCCACGAUGGAUGACAUCUUCACACAGUGCCGAGAGGGCAAUGCGGUGGCUGUGCGCCUCUGGCUGGACAACACUGAGAAUGACCUCAACCAAGGGGAUGACCACGGCUUCAGCCCCUUGCACUGGGCCUGCCGUGAGGGCCGCUCCAAUGUGGUCGACAUGCUCAUCAUGCGGGGAGCACGCAUCAAUGUAAUGAACCGUGGUGACGACACCCCGCUGCACCUGGCUGCCAGCCAUGGCCACCGUGACAUUGUGCAGAAGCUGAUCCAGUUCAAAGCAGACAUCAAUGCAGUGAAUGAGCAUGGGAAUACACCUCUGCACUAUGCCUGCUUCUGGGGACAUGACCAGGUAGCAGAGGAUCUGGUGGGCAGUGGGGCCUUGGUCAGCGUUGCUAACAAGUAUGGUGAGACACCCAUUGACAAAGCCAAGACACCACUGCGAGAGGUCUUGAAAGAGCGUGCUGAGAAGCUGGGCCAGAGCCUCACCAAGAUCCCCUACAAGGAUACCUUCUGGAAGGGCACGACCCGCACGCGCCCCAGAAAUGGGACUCUCAACAAACUUGCUGGAAUAGACUUCAAACAGCUGAGCUUGAGCCAAAAACUCAAUGAGAACCAGUCAGGAGAGUUGUGGAAGGGGCGCUGGCAAGGCAAUGACAUUGUCAUAAAAAUGUUGAAAAUCCGGGACUGGACAAAUCGGAAGAGCCGAGACUUCAAUGAGGAAUACCCAAAGCUGCGGAUCUUUUCUCACCCAAAUGUGCUGCCGGUACUGGGCGCCUGCCAGGCCCCCCCAGCGCCCCACCCCAUUGUCAUCAGCCACUGGAUGCCCUAUGGCUCCCUCUACAACGUGUUACAUGAGGGGACAAACUUUGUAGUGGACCAGAUGCAGGCAGUGAAAUUUGCCUUUGACAUUGCACGGGGCAUGGCCUUCCUGCACACGUUGGAGCCCCUCAUUCCACGCCACCACCUCAACAGCCGCAGCAUUAUGAUCGAUGAGGACAUGACUGCACGGAUCAGCAUGGCUGACGUGAAGUUCUCCUUCCAGUGCCCAGGGAGGAUGUACGCGCCAGCCUGGGUGGCCCCAGAAGCCUUGCAGAAGAAGCCAGAGGAAAUUAACAGGCGCUCAGCUGACAUGUGGAGCUUCGCAGUGCUGCUGUGGGAGCUGGUGACCCGUGAGGUGCCGUUUGCAGACUUGUCCAACAUGGAGAUAGGCAUGAAGGUGGCACUGGAGGGGCUACGUCCAACCAUCCCACCCGGCAUAUCGCCACACAUCUGCAAGCUGAUGAAGAUCUGCAUGAACGAGGACCCAGCCAAGCGCCCAAAGUUUGACAUGAUUGUGCCCAUCCUGGAGAAGAUGCAGGAGAAGUAGAGAGGGAGGGUGCCUCCCAGCCACCUGACGCUGCCAUGCUUCCCUCCCCGCCACCCCCAAGUGCCUUCUUUAACCCCAGAGCCAAGGGGGAGCAGGGAAUGCCCCCUCACCCUGAGCCAGCCACGGACACACGGUACAGACAAGGCUGCCUUCUCUGGAGCUGCUCUGCAGGCUUCAGACACUGUAGCACCGAAUCUAUGGCAGCACCUCCAUCCUCCCUGGCAGCUAUGGGCAGAGACUGAGCAGGAGGCCUGGCCCAUGACAGUGAGCACGGCUGGGCUCUGCUACCUGUGAGGCUGGGAUGGGGCUGUGGAGCCACGCUGUCCUCAUCCCCAGGCCCAGAGCGGCUCACCCACUUAGCAGUCUCAUGUUAGGCAGCGCCCAGUCCUGGUGCUCUUCCCUACUAAGGACAGUGGGGUGAAGCUUGCCUGUUGUGCCCAGCACCACCCCAGCUUUGCGCUUCACUCUUUAUCAUUUCCAUCCAGGCCAUGUGGAAAAGCCGCCAGCAUCUGAAAUAAACAUUUCUUACAAAACCU